AUGUAUGAGAUCAACAGGGCCAUCUACAACGUUGAGGCGAAGUUGAAACCGGGCGAAAAUAUGGGCAAGAACGCAAUCGACGCCGCCAUUCAAAUCGAAAAUCUGGUGCCGUUGUAUGCCGGAGGUCAGAUGCCCCCACAGUUUGUCGGAAUUGGUACAAUGACCCAGACACCGGACGACCACGGGCUGGUCAAGGUUUUGCCUCAAGAGGCUGUCUCGAGCGACUGGUGGAAGAAUUCGACCUGGUGGGCGGAAAAAAACGUUCCGAUGCCACAGGCAAAGCCGGCGAGCUGGCAAGGCAUCACAAGGGGGUCCCGCAGCUCGCUCUCACCCUUGCCCGCACGAGGCCGGUCUACGGCCGCUGCGCUGAACCAGGUUGAGGCGGCCUCGAAAUCUACCGCUGCCCGAGGAAAGUCGAGGGCACCAGAGCCGAUAGAGGAGCUGCAGAGAGAGGAAGCAAGGAGGAAACUUUCGGAGGGCCCCGGUGGGAAAAUCGCGGCCGGUGAAGAAGCCGCGCCGCCUUCAAAUCCAAUCCCCGGCACUGCAGAACCCACCGACGGCUGUGAGGGGGAUAGCGGCCUGGCCGAUAAACCACUAAACGAGGGGUGCCAGGGAGCGCGAUGCCGCAGUUGUGAAAAGGCCCCCAAGAGCGGCAAGAAAAGUGAUGCUGAGCGCGGCGUGCCCUGCAUCGGUGCUCCUUUGAUCGGCGGUAGCUGCGUUCGCUGCCACAGAUUGAAGAUAAAAUGCGAAUUCGAGAACGUGGGCGGCGGCGAAUCCGAGGUGGAACGCUACGCAAGGUGGCGUAGAGCACGUCGCUUGGCAAAUCCUGAGUUGUACCCGGAGGAAGAUUCCGCGUCCGAGUACUGGUCAAGCCCGCCCGCGUCGCAGAGGAUGUCCCAACCUGGUUUUUCAAGAGAAUUCAUUCGCUCGAGUCGGCAGGAAGGCUUCGUCGAGGCGACCUUGAAAGACUGCCGUAUUUCGACCCACGCCCCCCUUUCCAAGCCCAGGAUGAGCGCCCUCCAUCCGGUACACAUGCCCCCGGAGGCAUCCGACAAAGCGCGACAUGCGAGGCCGAAAAAUGUCGCCCGCCACGGACGGAAAGGGUCCGCGUCGUCGAGCACCGAAGAGCGCGCACCCCCGGUACAGGAGGCGGGUGCAGAUCAUACGGCUCAAAAGGACCAUCAUCUUCGACUCCCUACACUACGGGGCGCCGAUUUUGGCGCCGAAUUAGGCCUGAACAAUACGGGCAAACCUGACGAUGAAGGUUCGGGUUUCUUGAGCGGUCCACGUUUUUCCAAUACCCCGCCUGACCUCUGCUCCGCAGCUGCUUCUGCUUCAGGGUCGGAGCGGCAGCAAGACGACACGGCCCACUCCUCUAACCACGUCCUUGAUAAGUUGGACGUUGAGUUGAUUUCAGACAGCGGCCCUCCGAGGUUCCUCGGCGGACUCCAAUCGGGACCUCUGCAGGACAAUGACUCCUACGGCUUCGAUGAUUGGAAGAACGUCUUGCAACCACCAAGUCCCGUCGGUCGCGAGUCUUCGAAGCAGAGAGAGUCUGGACAGCAUCCCCCAGUAGGGGACAUGGGGCUUGACAGCAGCGCCGUUGCGGUGCCCGUUGGGGACGUCUUGGACGCCAGCAAGUGGGGGCCCCAAGGGCAAAUUCGGCCUCGAAGCGGCGCUCACACACCGCCCCCAGCAUCGGGAUCCCUUGCACAAGGUAGCGCUUUAAGCGUCUGUAUUCCGGCCGGCUACUUAAGAGAUUGCUUCGAGUUGACAGGGAUUCCUGCAGAAUGGCUGGCGCGGCGUGUUCGUCCACCGCCGGCCUUUCGAAAAAUGUCCGUGGCCACGGUUGAUGCAAACGUUGCUCUAGAAGGCGGCGCUGAUCACAGGAAGAGCGCCCGCUUCGGCCAUUUGGUCUCUUGGAAAGAUCAUAUGCAAGACCGCCUUCAUGCUACCCCAAUUGAUGCUUCAUGGGAAGAGCGGCGCAGGGACUCCCACAACGGACGCCCAAUUUUUACAGCGGACGCCGUAUCCCACGGUCAGGAGGCGGCCCCGACCACUAUAGUCCCCAACCAGGCUGCCGUCCACCUACAGGCGUUGCUUGUGGAGGAGGCUCAAAAUCCUGUUGCAGACUUGCUGGAAAGCUUGGUAAUCGCCGCGCAACAACAGGCGAUCCUUUGGUCCCAGACGGAUACAUUCAGGGCCGGCGUUGAUGCAUCUGGCGGGCUUCAGAGAUCAUUAGCCAACAUAUACUCAGCGUUCAGCGAGAUCCUGCUCCUGCUUCAACGUCCCAUCACGUCUAGAGAUGUUGACACAAAUCUUGGAGGUCUCCAAAUGGUCCGCUCAUUGCAGAGGCUGUUGGACGAUAUGGGAGAUGUCGCUGCUCGAGCCAACGAUCUGGUCAAUGUCCGGGUCAGGGACCGCAUUCACAGCCAAAAUUCGGAAAAUCAAGCUGCCGGAACAGGAACCGCCGCUAAUCACUCUGCGGACGCCGGGGCAUCCGGGCUGAUUCAACAAACGAGGCCCAUUCUCAGCACCUCCGGUCCUCAUAUUCUGUCUUUAGCAGGCGACGUCCUUCUUGCGUCCGGAACAUACGCUAAAGGCUCGCUUCAGGAGCGUCUGCGGGCUCAAGAACGACUGGUAGCGCUGUUCCCGGCCCUUGCACAAGCCAACGAUCCUUGGGGGAACUUGCCGGACAUCAUCAAGGGGUCAGAGAACCUUCCGUCCGAGUCGGCGCUCGUCGUCAUCGACUGGGCAAUGCAUCUGACUGGCGAAGUGAGGUCGCUGCAGAAACUUCAGAAACAGGUGCAACACCGCGACGUCUUGCUUUCAAAGGUGGGCCCCAAUCCGCCGAAGCUCUCAGGAGUCAUACCGCCGCCGCCGAUCAAUAUUGCCGCGUCCCGCAGCCCACGCGGCCUGCGUAUUGCUUCUGCGACUGUUCCCGUCCACGCCGGAGCAGAUCCGGCCGGAAUCAAUGCAUCGGCCCCUCCUGGAAUGGGCCCCGUUGCGUUAGAAACCGCGAAAAAAAUUCCGGCACUCCCACCAUCCGGCGAGCCAUCAAGGGGAGAGUUUUCGACUGAUGCCUUCUCAACCCAGCGCCCUGUAGGCUUCGGAACCGUCUUUGCAAGCUCUUCGUCCGGUUCUGGACGAGGGCAGUCGGCAGUACAUAGGCCCUUCACUAACAAUCUGUUCGACGAAGACGCUGCUACAGCUUUGUGGAGGAGAAUAGCGCAUCAAGAGGUUGUGGACGGCCUCUUUGAAUCAGCCUCCAACCGUGUUCCAUCGGCCACCGACGGGUGA